UUAGGAAAAUUGACAAAUCGCUCUUUGCCACUACUGAUACUCGUUGCUGCCAUAAUACUGUGGGCGGUGGGGGCACUGGAGGGCACUUACCCAUGCAUGUGGGGCAGCGGCACCAUCCUCUCAUGGGUCUACCUCAGGUUCUGGCAGCGACACAGCAGCGGCACUAGAGGAGACAUGGCUGAUAACUUUAGCUUUGAUAAUUUCUUCCCGACGGUGGUGCAGCCGGUGGUGCGCGCGGUGCUGGGCCCGCCGGCGCGUUGCCUGGCGCGGCUGGGCCUGUGCCCCUCGCCGCCGCGCCGCGUCACGCUCGCGCUCAGCCCGCGCGGCGUCACCAUCUCCAUGCCAGGCGUCGAGCCACACGACAUGGAGAGACGAAGACAAAUUGCCCUUAAAGCAUUAAGUGAGAGAUUAUCAAAGACAUCAGAGCAGACGCGCCAAAAGAAUUUAUCAACCAAAGUGAACAUGGAUGCAGUGAGGAAGAUGCAAUCUUCGCACGUGAUACCGCAGUUCCCCGCAGAGACGGAGCAGAAGCCCCCUUCGGUGCCGGAGACGACGCUGGUCGACAUCAGCACAGAAACAUCGACACCGACGACGAAGACUUCAUGAUCUACGUGACAUGACUAAUCUUAAGUUAUUCACAGAACCAAUGUGGAAAUCAACAAUGUAAGUCAAUAUUUAUUAAUACAUUAUUAAAAUUCUGGUAGAAUUUUUCAUUGCAAACUGGCAAUAUUUGGUAAUAUGGAAAUAUUCAUUUCUUUCUGUAAUUACAUAUUAUGUUGUUAUUUAAAAUUUUAUGUAUUACAGUUACUUACGAGAAUGAUCACAUUUUAAAUAGACUUAAGUAUGCAUGGACUUUAAACAUUUAUCAAAUAGUAAUCAUGACAGUUUGAAAAGCGAUUUUAUUUAUUGUGUGUUAUUCAUAAAUAAAUAUAAGCCAUGUAGAUUAACAUAGUCAAAUUGGAAUUCCUAAAAAAGUAUGCAAUUUUAUAUAAUAUAAUAGAGAAUUUAUUAUAUGGUAAGUGAAUCUACAGGCAAUUAUUGUUCAUAUUAAUACAAAUUAGUUGUAAUAAUAAUUAUAUAUGUUCAAUGACUUGAUAAUAAAAAUGCACUGUUGUUUCUAUGUUCAGACUGAAACAAAUCGUUUAUUUUUGUAUUGCAGAUUGUCAAUUAGUAGAUGUUGUCGAUCGGUUUUUUAUUAUAAACAAAAUUCAUUUGUGAAUAGGACUGAUAGUCUUAAAUUGUAAAUACUUUACAAAUGAACAUCACAAAAACAUUUAAAUUUUUAAGAUAUUGAUUUUAACUUGAUGUUGUUGUGAUCGGCACAUUUUCAUGAUUUAAGCAUUCUUACAUAUUUGACCGACUUCCAAAAGAAGGAGGUACUCAAUUCGUCUGUAUGUUUUUUUUUUUAAUAUCUCAAAACGUGAGAUAUAUGUUUGGUCCUUCGAGUCGGAUGUUUCCACUGCAAUAACACAUAUAAAAUUUAUUUCCCCUUGCAUUAUCUUUCAAAAAACCUUUAAUAUGUUUUUGUAUUAAAUUACUUAAGUUGAUUUAGAAUUAAUGUCAAGGAUUCAAUGUGUAUUUAUGUUAUUCUGCACAUAAUUAUUUAAUUUAGAUAAUAGUUACACCAAGGUUAUGGUAGAAUAAUUAUUUAAUGAUAGAAUAUAUUUAACAAUUGCAUUUUAAUGAUAAAAAUAUAUAAAGUAUAUGAAAUUAUUUUGUGUGGAUUGUCUAUAUAGUUUUUAUAAUGCUUAAAUAAUAAAAAUGUGCCUCGCAGUGUUUGCAUUUAUGAGGUAUUUAUAGUUUCCACAGUGGUGCUGUGAAUCUAAUACAAUAGUAUUUGUUUUGUCUUUUAUUAUAAAAGUCCUCUAGAUUAUUUACAUGGUUUGAAUUAUAUGCAUUUUGUUAUGUGCAGCCAAAUUGUGGCGACGUGUGAAUGGAUUUGUGAUGUUGUAAAUAUAAAUAUUGUUUAGUGUUAAAAUAAAUGAUUCCCCAAAUAUUUA